GUUGUCUUGGCAGUGAGAGUGAGAGGACGCGCCAGCUACGUCUCCAACCUUAGUCAAACCGUAAGCUCGAGACGUGUAUUUCAGUGACACCAGAUUCCCUCUAAACUAUGCUUAUUUAGAGUGAAGUUGUGACUUUAUAGACACGUCGGUGUGUGCUUGAACAAGUAUUUAUUGAUAAGAUACAAUGUGAGUUCAAGACACAAGUUCUGGUUUGUUUUGGAAGCGAAGCAGCGUCAUGCUAUGUAAUGUGCAGCUGGGAGUGGAACUGUGGGAGGUGGGUGAGCCUCUUGCUGGUGGAGAAGCUGACCAUAGUGGUGUUGAGGGGGUAGGGGGCAGCUUGAACCCCCCGGGACAAUCCCAGGGGGGUGCAGGCGUCCCCGGCACUACCCGCAGUAACUCCUCUCGGAGUGAUACUUCCUCCUCGGGUGCAUCGUCCUCCUGCUGUUCAUCAUCGGGUGCUCCUCGUCGUCCCUGCUUGCAUGCAGCACUCUCUGAUCCGGGGUACGAGUCUGCACACUUACCCGACGACGAUCGAGAAGAUCUUGAUCAGCAACAGCACUGUCACAGUGGAGGGGGAAUGUCACUACGUGAGCGUUGUGAGGGGCGUGAAGGCUCACCUAUACACCAGGGCCUCACACGCUCUCGAUCCUUUGGUGGCUUACUCACGCACCGACGAUCAGGCUCAGGAGCAGGGUCACCACAGCAGUCUGGAGCCAGAGCAGGAUGGGCAGGUCAGGGUGUACUAGGUCAGACAGGAUCAUCGCCAAGGGAUGUGCGCCGAGUCCUUGCUCUGCCACCUCAUGUGAAGGUGCCCAAGUCUCCCCGACCAGAGCGAGCAUCACAGAUCAGCAGUAGUGUAGCACGUGGACUUCGAGACUGUAUAUCUGUGACACGGCAGGAUCUGGAUUCUCUCCAUCAAGCACAGCAAGACUCGCAUCUACACCAAUCACAAGGUCGAUUGUAUGAGGUUGAGAAGCAAAUUAAAGCUGCUGAGCGUUAUCUCAAGAGGAUUGAGUACCAUCUGAGUAAACUGGAGGACCUACAGGAUCAGUAUACUCUGCAUCAGAAGCUGAGAGAUGGGGUCAGAACUAUGGCUUAUGCUUAUGCUCUCUCACCUGGCAAAGAAAAGGCCUCUGCCCUAAGUAAUGUAAGAUCAGGAUACAGAGAGUGUACAGAAACUCUUUGUGCUUUGGAAGUACAAAUUGAGCAGCUCAUUGGCACACUCACAUUAGAAAUGAAAGGCAUACAAGGAUUUGCCCGGCUCUGCCCUGGAGACGUGUUUGAGGUGACACUCAAACAUGGUACUCAGAAGUGGAAGUCUCGAGGCCGAGUCUGCAAGGAUAACACUCAGAACUGGGAUAACCAAAGAACUGUUAUUAAAGGUCUCAUUGGUGAGAUGUUACUGAUUAAAGCAGUGGAAGUACGUGUAUUGGGUAAGACAGUAGUGAUUGGUAAUAAGGUGUGUGAGACUAAGGACCUCUUCUCACCUCAUCCUCAACUCAUGACUAUCAACCUCAACCCUUCUGGUUCCCUUAAGCUCAAUAUUGUUAUUACAUGGAACCCUCUAGAUGGUGUUGUUGAGGAUAGUUUAGUGAGAACGCCCAGUAUGUCUGCUACGUCACCCGGGAACAAGAGGAGAACACCUGUCCUGCAUGCUCUUAGCUCUUCUCCACCCCACACUCUCGCUAGUGAUUCCAUAUUAUUUGAUGGAAGAGAUUCAGCCAGUCCGCAGUGUGAUAACACUGGAAACUUUACACUGGUGCGUAAGAAGGAGAGUCGAGUGGAGCAGUGGGCUAGAUACUCACAGUUCAGCAUCUCACAGGGUUCCAAUCUUGACAUAAUGUCAAGAUCGUACUCACACCUGUCAUCUUAUUCAAUGGGACUUUCUCCUGCCAUGUCACAGUCACUCUCGCACCAGUUAGACAUGCUUGGUACAGAGCCAGAGUCCUUCAGAUGGGGUGAUGGUCAACACUGGGAUGAAAGCAAUCCACCACUUACUUUAAAAAAGGUUGUUAGCAGGCUACGGACAUGCCUGGAAGACAUUCAGGGUCAGUUCCCUCAGUUGCAUACUUUAGAAGAAGCCGUUUUAGAUCUUGAUGAUAUGUGCAGGAACUGCUGCAGUAGAAGAGAGAGCAAUGCCUCAGAGAUCAGCCUCUUGGUUGAGUCUGCACUAGAAUGCUUUGAUUUCCUCAGUGCAGAAUAUGAUGAUGAUUUUGAUGAUAAUCCUGAUAAUUGUCGCAGUAGACGAGACAGUAAUACCUCAGAAAUCAGCCUCUCGGUAGAGUCGGCAUUGGAAUGUUUUGAUUUCCUAAAUGCAGAAUGUGAUGAUGACUUUGAUGAUGACAAUCCUGCUGCAUGUGAAGAGAAGAAAAACAAGGAAGCAGCAGCAAUGCUUGCUGCCUCAACUCUUCCAGACACCUGUCAGCCCUUGGUCACUGCAACACUUCAGCUUGACCUCUUCCUCUACACUCACCUCAAACAUGCACUACAACUACUGCAGCACCUGGGAUCAUUUGGUCCACUGAGAAGUAAGGAGCGUCACUCACUGAAGCUGCUGGAGGAAGAAGGGCGGCUGGUGGCGGCCAUCUUGGCUCACAGACAUAACUUCGACACUCUUAAACCUCAGCAUAUUAUAACUAUUCCUCAUGUACAGGUUCUGUGGGAUUCAGUGGCAGGUGGUGAUGACUGGUGCGUUGCAGGUGAGGCUGUAGUGAACGGUCUCUUACAAGUUGUGUCGUCACUUGUAGACCCGGCUCUUCCAGGCUUGCCAAGGAGAGUGCUAGAAGAAAUAGUACGAACAAUGACUGAUAGCGAAGACUACGAUGGAACACUGAUGGUGACAGUUGGUCACUUCUUGCAUCAUUUACACCGACCUCUACAGCAGACCAUUCCUUUAAUAGCUCACAGUCUUACCACUGCUGAGCUCUUACUUUCUGGCAACCCUGCAAAAGUUGAAGCUGGCCUUCACCACAUAAAGGAACCCACAGUUCUUCAUAUCAAGGUUAUUGGGCACCUGUUAGGAGGUCCAUCAGAAUUACGUCACAUUACUACCAGCUUUAUAAACAGUCUUGCGCACAACAAUCAGCUGAUGCAUAUGAUUGUAGAUCUGUGUUUACUUCUGCUAGAAUCUAACCGUACAAGUGAUCGAGAGGCUGCAUGUAUACUGCUGGGAGUGUUGGCACCCAUUGUUCCUGUUAAUACCCAAAGCAAAACAGAUUCUCAAAAACCAGUACCUGGCAAAAGCUCAAAAACCAAGAAACAUUCCUCAGCUCUAGAAGUAACUCCUGAAUGGCCUCGGCCUGUAGAAGUUCUUUCCUAUCUUCAACAACAUGAUUCCAGUGGAGAAGUUCGGGAAGCUGCCAGACGUUCAUUGCUGAGUCUUGGGGCUGAGGGCCAGACAGCACUACAUCAAGUCCAGCUUUCAUCUCAUGGGUUUCAGGGAGUAGAUAUGAAGGAGAAAACCAAACUGUAGAUCAUGAAAUAGCUAUAUUUUGAUGAGUGAUAUGGCAUGGAAGUUCUUGCAAACAAAUAAUACCAAAUUUUAAAUAUUUCAGCAGGCAUUUAUUGAGCUAAUUUAGGAUGAAAUUUCAGUUUUACUAUUAAAGCAAAGUAAUUAAAGGUAAAAUUUGAUGUUAUGUGUAACUUUGUUUCAUAUUUUCAUACUUUAAUUACUAUUUAGCUUAAUAGAAUGUCUUCACUGUUGUGUAAUUUGCCAAUUCCUGAUAUUCUGGAGGCAUGUAUAAAAUAUACAUACCAUAUUUGGUUUAUUUAAUCAGUAAACUGUAGCUGCAGCAGUGUAUAUACACCCAUACCUUCAUUAUCCAAGUUUUUAAAUGGUAGAUUCAUUCCAGUGCCAUACAUUUAUGGUUCUCUUAAAAUGUCUUUAUUAUUGAAUAUUAUAUUGGUUACAAGAACACAAAAUAUUGACAGCUACUUCACUGUCAUUGCUAAUGUCAAACCCAGGAAUGACUACAGUAGACCACCAACUUUUGCAUCUCCAGCUACUGCAUUUCUGUCUGCUUGUGACUCAUUAUUUUUGUGUCUAUUUCCUCGUUUCACUCCGAAGGUUCUCUUCCUAUUGUAGUGGCUCUACUUUUUUUUUAUUUCUAUCAUUAAAUUAAAAAAAUCUUGAAAUCUUGUUUUUGCACCCAAUUUAUUCAUACCAUGUGUAUACUCAUUUUUAUGUAUGUUUAGAGAGCUCAUCUUUGUUUGGUAGAGAUUGAUCAAGAGCUCUACAUUUUGUAUUACAUUUCAAUUAAAUUGAAUUAUUACUAAUAUUUUUACCUCAGUUAGUUUUUAACCAGAUUCAUUCAUACUUUGUGUAUGAUCACACACAUGUAUAGAAAGUCACAUUCAUUUGAUGAAGAUUAGUCAAGGACUACAGAUUUUGUAGUCAAAAGUCAUGAAAGACUAGAAUGAGAUGUUUACUGCUGAAUAUCUCAUGAGGCACUUAGCUGGCUGGCCAGUAGUCACCAUGUUCACUUAAUACCAUCAUCUGACUCCACCCACCCACACACACAAACACACACUUAUGUUCAUUCUGUUUCUCUUUUUAUCACUCUGUCUUGUCUCUGGAUAUUAACCAUGACAAAAAAGGACUACUAGUAAUACUGGAGGUGGUAAGAAGAGAAAUAUAUAUUAAACCAACAAACAGUAGCUGUAUUAGACAUGCACUUCCCUCAAGCCUUACUUAACCCUUUGACUGUCGUAACCCCCAAUCCUGAGGUGUCUCCUGGUGUUGCAAAAUUUAAAAAAAAAAAAAAUUAUUUUUUCUUAUGAAAUGAUAGAGAAUCUUUUCCCGAUUGUAAUGACAUCAAAAAACGAAAUUUGAUGGAAAACUGACGGAAUUAUGCUCUCGCGAAGUUAGCGACCUCUGCGCUGUUUACAAAUCGGCGAUUUUGCCCACUUUGAGCCCUAUUUUCGGCUAAUUUCAUUGUUCCAGUUGCCCAAACUCAUAGCUAUUUCUUUAGAACUCCAUUUUUUCUAUCGAUUGAGUACAAGAAACUGCCCAUUUACCAAUUUCAACUACCUAAUAAUGUGGUCAGAAAUUUGCAAUUCGGCCAAUUUCACGAAAACUAAAAAAUAUGACAAUUUCAAAAUAAGGUCCAGAAUGAGCAAUGCAGACAUUCCUGGCUCUAAAAUAACAUUUUCUUCGUUCAUCAGUCACGUCUCCAGGCUCCUCUGAUAUUACUCUUGCUUUCUAUUUUGAAUUUUUAUUCAAACAAAAAAUAGAAGACUUACUAUUAUGCAGACUACUGCAAUACUGUAAUAAUUGUAUAAAUAACAUCAACCCAUUCAUGACUGCAUAUUAGAAUGGCUAGUUGGACAUUUAUUGGACAAUGGCAUCAUUUGUUUACUUUUGAACAUUUACAAAAAUCAUACAUUUCCCCUACUUUGAGCUCCAUUUCUAGGUUCUUUUUAUAGUAAAAUCAAUCAAAAUCACCUCCAUUCCUAUAAUAUGUUUUCCAUUCUAUCAAAUGAGACCAAGAAAACGAGAAUACAACCAUAAAUACUAUACGAAAAUAGACCACAAAGUCGGCAUUUUAAUUAAAAAAACCGUCGGAGUUUUUUUUUUCUCAUUAUGCACUGCGUGCUCCAGGAUUUUUUUUAUAUGGUGCACACUGACCACACAGACCCAUUCUCUCACAUGUGGGCCUACCAGCUUUCUCCUGCUUGAUUUGAAGCCGCUAGAAUUUAUGAGUAUAUAUACGUCAAACACUGUACCUCGUAAGACGUAUAUAUACGGCCGCGACAGUCAAAGGGUUAAGUAAGGUUAUUUAAUAACUUUCUAGGUUUUGGUAAAAAAAAUUUACAGUGAUUUUUGACUGCACACAGAUAUUAUAGGCACACAAAAGAUACAUGAUGUAAAUUUAAGCUGGGAUAACCCUUUUAAAGUCAAACAUUUUGCACAUGUUGAAUGUUUAAACCUCACUUCAUCCAACCAGGCCUAGUAGGGAAACAUGAGCCAUCUCCACACAUUUCUAGAUCAUUAAGAAAUAAUAUAUACAUUAAUUUAAAAAAUAGUGUCAUGGAAUGUAAUGCAAUUCUUCCAACAAGUUGUUCACUUCACCCAGCGUGUUUUCACAUAAUAGCCUCGAUAUUCAGUAACAUAACUCUCACAAAAGGUGGUUGUCUACUGUAUAUAUUUUUAAUAUAAGAAUACUUUGGUUACAAAGAUAGCUUGAAGUAAUAAGAAUUAGUAAUAUAGAAAAUUAAAAUACUGGGUAGUGAAGCUUAAAUGAUGAAGCAAUGGGUGUACUUGUGCUCAGCGUUUGUUCGCUCGCAAAAAUGGCUUCAUACCAGUGAGCUAAUGCACCUCAUCCCAGUACCAUUACCUUCUUAAUGUUAUCAAGGUGUAUUGUGGGUCAUAUACUCCAUGCCAUUUUGUAUAGUGCAUGUAUAAAUCUGUCUAUAUCAUUAUCAAAUUUUUAUAUGUGAAUUAUAAUUUUUGACUUGUCUAGUCCUAAAAUGUUAAGUAAAUUUUUAUCUAAUUUUAAUUAGUCUUGCUUAUAAAUCUCCAGUCACCUGAAUUCUUAUUUAACAUGCUACUCUUUACUGAGCUUAUGAUAUAUAAAAAAAAAAAAGAGUCAAAAAUAUUCAGAUUAAAAUUUCUACUUUUCAAAAAUAUUAUGAAAUCUUGCCUUCACACAGUCUAUGUUUGUGCUUACCAUAGUGUUAAUAGUUAUAUGUGUUAAAACAGCAACCUUCUCUCAUGUUAAAACAGCAGCCUUCUCUCAUUGUACAUAAUGUAUGUUCAUUAUAUUAUUUCACCUGUAAAUUGCUCUCCUUGAAUAUGUGUGGAUAAAAUAUACACAGUCACUUUAUCUUAAAAUAAAGAAAUAAAGAA